AUGGCUACCGUGAACAGUGAAAACACAUUCAAUAUUGGUAUUGAUUUUGGAGCGUCCAGUUGCCAAGUCGCAGUUUAUACGAAUGAUAAAGUGAGUGCGAUUCCUCUUGAUGAUGACAAUAAUUCUAUCCCUGCCUGUGUAUAUUUUGGAGACAAUUCGAUUCUGGUAGGAAGGGAAGCCGUACUGAAAGAACAAACUGAACCCAAUCGCGUCGUUCGAGGUAUUAAGAGAAUCCUUGGACUGCUCUAUGACGACCCUGAAUUUCAAAAGGAUCUGCCUUCCUAUCAGUUUGAAACGAGAAAAUCAGAUCGUGGAAAUGUUGAGAUCGUGGUCAAUGGCAAUGUGUACACUCCUACCACUGUGGCAGCCUAUAUCAUUGCACAUCUUGUACUCCGUGCAUCGGAAUAUCUGGAAGGCCGUAUUACAGAAGCCUAUAUUAGUGUACCUGCGUUUUACAACAAUGUGCAGCGAAAUGAUACCAUUUACGCCGGCUACAUCGCAGGUCUCGAAAAGGUUCAUCUGGUCAGCGAGCCGUUGGCCACUUCCAUCGCAUACGGAACGAUUCGUCAGAUGCGCAAGGACAUGCUGAUGGUGUUCGAUUUCGGCGGUGGCAAGCUGGACAUCCAGGUGAUUCAGAUCAUGAACAACGAAUACACAGUGAUGAGCAGCAUCGGAGACCAUCACAUGGGAGGUGACGAUUUGACGGAGAACCUCUUCCAGGAAGUGGUAAAGGAAUUCAACGCCAUGUUCCUCGAAGACAUUUCGACGAGCUAUCAGGACUAUUCGCGUCUCUACCAAGCCGUGGAGGACGCCAAGAUCGCUCUGAGCACGGCCGAUGAAUACGAGAUCGGCGAGGAGAACCUGCUCGGCCACGAUUUCAUCUACGUCGUCACUCGCCGCGACUUCGAGCAUGUGAACCGCGCCGUGUUCGAUCGCUGCCGCCAGCUGGUGAUGGACUGCUUGGAUGCGGGCCGUCUCGUGAAGGACGACAUCUCGCACGUGUAUCUCACUGGCGGGAGCUCGAACGUGCCGUACAUCCAGUCGAUGCUGCACGAUCUGUUCGGCGACCGCACGGUCGUGUCCACGGACGCCAACUACAUGGUGGCGUUCGGCGCGGCGAUCAUGGCCGGCGUGGGCAUGGACGUCUCCGAGAAGGGCUUCGACAUGCAGAUCUCCAUGUACACCACCACGCGGAACCGCGGGAACGACACGCUGGCGCGCAGCCCGCUGCGCGUGAACGACAUGACGGUGAUGGACCUGGGCGUGCGCGUGUCCUCGGGGAAGCUCUCGGUGAUCAUCCCGCGCUUAGUGGACAUCCACUCGACCAUCACGAAGCGGUACCGCGCGCACAAGGACUUCCAGAAGUACUUCUCGAUCCGCGUGUACCAGGGCAACGAGGAGAUGGUGGCGAACUGCAAAGAGAUCAGCGAGGUGCGGCUGGACAUCGCGAAUCCGGGCCGCGCGGUGGACACGAUGCUGGACCUCACGUUCCGGCUCGACUCGAAUCUCACGCUGAGCGUGUCGGCGAUCGAGGUGAGCACGGGGAAGAGAGUGGAGAAGGUGUUCGAUAUGGGGUCGCAGGCGAUGACGGAGGACGAGAUGACGUUCAUGCGAUCGACAUUGCAGCAGACCAUGAUCCAGUCGGAGCAGAAUCAGCAGGUGGCGUUGAAGAAGGACGCGUUUAUUAAGCUGGUGAACUAUUACCAGCGAUGUCUGGAUUCGUUCCCCGCGGAUGAGGUGACCACGCGGAAGAAGGAAAUGCUGCAGGAGUACCGAGACUGGGUGGAGAAUUCGUACCUGGCGACGUCGCUGGAGGAGCUGGAGGAGAAGGAGGAUUGGCUGAAGAAGCAGAUGAGUGAUGCCAAUUAGUUGGUUGGUUGGUUAGUUAGUAGUAUCAGUGGAACAAUGCUGAGUGGUUCGUAUUGGUUGAACUAUUGUAUUGAUCAUUCUGCAU